AGUUUGGGCCUUGGGGAACAUAGCAGGAGACAGUGCAAUGUGCAGAGACUAUGUUCUUGGCUGUAACAUACUUCCACCGCUCCUGUUGUUAUUGACCAAGUCCACUAGGCUAACAAUGACUAGAAAUGCUGUUUGGGCUUUGUCAAAUCUUUGUCGCGGGAAAAGUCCACCCCCUGAUUUUGAAAAGGUGUCCCCUUGCUUGCCAGUCCUGUCUCGCCUUCUUUUCAGUAGUGAUCCAGACCUUCUGGCAGAUGCCUGUUGGGCGCUUUCAUAUUUGUCAGAUGGUCCAAAUGAGAAAAUACAAGCUGUGAUUGAUUCUGGAGUUUGUAGAAGAUUAGUAGAGCUUUUGAUGCACACUGAUUACAAGGUGGCAUCACCAGCACUGAGGGCAGUAGGAAAUAUUGUUACUGGAGAUGACAUACAAACUCAGGUUGUCCUGAAUUGCUCUGCUCUUCCAUGUCUCCUGCACUUGCUAAGCAGUCCAAAGGAAUCCAUUCGUAAGGAAGCUUGUUGGACCAUCUCCAAUAUUACAGCUGGAAACAGAUCGCAAAUCCAGGCUGUUAUAGAUGCAAACAUUUUCCCUGUACUAAUAGAUAUCUUACAAAAAGCUGAGUUCCGCACAAGAAAAGAAGCUGCCUGGGCCAUCACGAAUGCUACAUCAGGGGGAACACCUGAUCAAAUUAGAUACCUUGUGAAUCUAGGUUGCAUCAAACCUCUGUGUGACCUUCUGACAGUUAUGGAUUCCAAGAUUGUUCAGGUUGCACUGAAUGGUUUGGAAAAUAUUCUGAGACUUGGGGAGCAGGAAGCAAAACAAAAUGGAAGUGGCCUGAACCCCUACUGUAGCCUCAUUGAAGAGGCCUAUGGGCUAGAUAAAAUUGAGUUUCUUCAGAGCCAUGAAAACCAAGAAAUUUACCAGAAAGCCUUUGACCUGAUAGAGCAUUAUUUUGGAGUGGAAGAAGAAGAUGCAAGUAUAGCACCACAAGUGGAUGAGAACCAGCAGCAAUUUCUUUUCCCUCAGCAAGAGGCUCCCAUGGAGGGUUUUCAACUGUAACAUUAACCCAAUAAAUACAAGAAUAAACUCAUUAACUGUAAUAUCACACAAAGAAAGCCAUGCAAUUUAUCGUAAACUAUCCACUAGUAAUUAGCUAGUGGGCUGGCCCCUUCUCCAAAGUUAGAAAUAAAAAGACUUCAUA